AUGGCCUGCAAAUCCAGUUGCAUCUAUAGCACAACCUCCGCCUUGCACUGCCGCCCACUGUCCACCACAUCUGUGAUAGAUGAGAAUCAGACUAAGCCGCUUCAUUUUCAUGUACCUUUGUUCCCUGGCGUGCAGUUGCUAGACUUUGCAGGACCAUUGGAUGUCCUUGGUCUCCGUUCUCAGUAUCCAGAAACAUCUGGGCUUACGCUGACCUUGCUUUCGUCGACGCUCGAGCCAGUCUCAACCAAACCAGUCCCCCCACCAAGCGCCAGGUGGAACUUCAAUCUUCCUCCUGGAACCAACACGAGUUUCAACCUAAAAGUUGUCCCCGAUGUGACUUUCCAAGACUAUCUCUCGGCAUUAGCCCGAGGCAACAUUGCAGACAAUGGCGCAGAUGGAUCGCUCAAACCUAUUGACGUGCUAUUGAUCCCCGGUGGCCCGGGCACACGGUUAGAUCGUAUCAACUCCGAUCCAGCAGAUACAAAGAUUUCAAAUACGCAAGAAGCGCAAGAUUUCAUCAAGGCGGUUGCAUCACAUGUUCGACACAGCGUCAUCACAAUCUGCACAGGCAGCCAUGUUCUGGCUCAGACUGGUCUGCUCAAUAAUCUCGACGCCACUACCAAUUCGGCCCGCUUCAAGGAUGUUUCCACAGCAAAUCAUCCGCAUAGUCGAAAAGUGAAGUGGCGGCCGAAUAGACGAUGGGUUCGGACUAGAGUACCCAAUGCACCCACUUCUAGCACCUCGUCUCAGCUGAAUACUACCACAAUCCAGGAUGGCUUGCGUCCGGGUAUUGAGGUAUGGUCGUCGGCUGGCGUUACGGCUGGGCUGGACCUUUUGUUGGAGUUUGUAAAAGUGCACUAUGGAGGGGUGGAGGUGGCCCAACAAACUGCUAAGCGAUUAGAAUACCGCUGGGAACAAGAUUGA